CUUAAAGCAGCUGCAGCAGCGCAUGGGUAUGUUUCACCGGAUUGACAGCGUCCUUGUCGGUGAACAUAUGUUGGAUAUUCGCAGAGUCUGACCGUGCAGCAGCAGCACUUGAGGAGCGUCUUCUCCUUGGCAAGGAGCAUGGAUUGUUCCUGCAGGAACCCGUCCACCACAGCGUCUACAAAGUGCAAUCGACUUUGGACAAUAUUAAGAUGGACAAGAUCCCAUUCCUGUCACCGGAGGGGAUUGAGCCGUUGCUAGACUCGCCGCCCACGGAGCCGCAACUGCUGAUGUCUGUCACGGAGGUCCCGAUGUGGAUGCGUGAAGAAUUGGACCAACUAUACUUCGAUCGAGUGCAUGUGUUUGCCCCCAUUCUUCAUCAAGGCCGGUAUAUGGAUUGGAGUCGCCAGCGGGUCAAGAGUGAGGCCAAGACUGCUCUUCAAUACACCAUGUGGACGUUGGCAGCUUCGUUUUCCGGGCAGCUUCAGCACGUAGCCAGCGCUUUUUACCACGAAGCACGAUCUCGAGUGGAUCUGCAGAUGCUCGGGGACAAUGUGAUCGACGAGAUAGAGAUCGAGAACUUGCAGGCGUGCAUUCUGCUGGUGAUGCACGAGUCUAUAACGUCGUACGAUGAACGCGGGUGGCUUCGGGCGGGGUAUGCCUUCCGGCUUGUGCAACGGAUGCGGUUGUAUGAGAUUGAUGCGCCAUCGUCGCCCAGGCUUGCUGCUUGUGAGGACUGGGUGGUGGUCGAGGAGCGACGGCGGAUGUUCUGGAUGGCGUAUUGCUUGGACCGAUUCCUCAGCAUGCGUGAUGGUCGACCCUUGACGCUGAUUGAGCACCUGAUCUCCACUCGCCUCCCUGCCCCCGAAGCAGAGUUUCAAAGUGGACAGCGGGUCGAUAUGGAGCUUCUCUCCACUGCCAUCACCUCGGGCGGGCCGCGCCUGACCUCUCCUUUUGCUGAAUGUAUCAUGACGACGACGGUCUGCGGCCGCGCCGUCAUCCACCACUACCAAACCAGUCUCGAGAACACCUUCACACACGACUCUUCCAACUUUCAUGACCGCCACGAAUGGAUCCAUAACACCAUCACGCAACGAAUCAACAUCCUCUCUUUCAAUACCCCCAAGUUCACUGAGAACAGUGACCCUAUGUUUCUUUUCACACGUAUCCUAGCGUCGACGACGGCGCUGUACCUCUAUCACACUCUCAGUCUCACAUCAUAUGAAUUCAUUCCGGAGGACGACAUGUCGCCGUUCCCGGAUUAUGGCCAUGCUGCGUUGUUGGAGGCGCAGGAGAUGGUCCAUUUGGCAAAUAUAUUAAACAAAGUCAACUCCUUCAAGAUUCACCCCUUCACCCACAUUCCACUGAGCCUCUGCGUUGAUAUCUGCAACACGUACAGAGACCGCGACGGAGCCAUUUGCGCUAAGCUCCAGGAGGUCUUCCAUACGCUGCGAAAUCUCACGUGGGUGAACAGUCUUGGGGAGAAACUUCAACAGGUACUGGGUGGGUCGAUAUGAUCCACCUGUGGUGGAUCAUAGUUUUCUUGGUUGUCGGGAAGAUAGAACCGGACUUGAAGACGCAGAAUCCUUAGAUGAUGGGGUGGCGUAUUGGAGUCGUGCUGUUAAGCUUUGCGUCUAUUGCGUCUAUAAACACGCUAGAUCGUUGAUUGCAUGUAUGCCGUUGAUAUGCCGAUGCAUGCAUGCUGG